UCUGUCAUUUCACUUUGACAUUCGCAAAUUCUGCGAAGUUUGUAAAAGAGCGAAAUAUUACGAAACAAAUUGAUAAAAUAUAAAAUUGCUGGAAUCUGUUGGCGAGAAAUAUGUUCUCAACAUCAUUUACGAAGGACAAUAGAAGAUGAUUUAUUAUUUAAACUAAUAAUAAUAAGAUGAAAAAUGUCACAAAAGCAGGGUUUGGAGCGCGACAUAACAGACAUGGCAAUGGGCGGGCUGUCCGCCAUGUUUGCCACGGUCUUCACCAACCCUAUAGAGGUAGUGAAGACCCGUCUCCAGCUCCAAGGCGAGAUGAAGGGGAAGGGCCACCACUCUGUGUUCUACAAAAGCGUACCGCACGGCUUGUACGUCAUCGCGAAGACCGAGGGCUUCGUGGCGCUCCAAAAUGGGCUCCCGGCCAUGCUGGGGUUCCAAUUCUUUCUAAACACCUUCAGAUUAGGGGUUUACCGUAUAACCGAACGCCGCGGCUACACCGCCGACUCUGUUGGCAAGACUUCCAUCGUCAAGGGCGCCAUAGCAGCAGGAGUUGGAGGGGCCCUGGGUUCCAUAGCGGGGACCCCAUUCUUCCUGGUGAAGACGAGACUUCAAGCACAGGCAGCCAGGGCUAUCGCUGUGGGCUAUCAGCACUCACACGCCGGGACUUUCAAUGCGUUAACUGAUAUCUAUAUGAGAGAAGGGAUUAAAGGUCUCUUCCGUGGCGUCCAACCUCAGAUACCCCGCGGGAUGGUGGGCAGUAGCUCACAGAUGGUCAGCUUCGCUUACGCCAAGGAGAGGCUCCUUGACAAAGGUUUCUUCACGGAAUCCCCAGUGACCUUGUCCUUUUUCGGAGCAGUGUUGGGUGGAGUCGUCAUGACUGUCUGCUUGAACCCUUUCGAUGUGGUCGCCACAAGGUUGUCCAAUCAAGCUGUAGACAGCCAAAACAGAGGCAAGUUAUACAAUGGCAUGGCGGACUGCUUCGUCAAGAUGAUCCGCACGGAGGGUGCCGCGUCGCUCUACAAGGGGCUAACGGCAAAUUAUUUGAGGCUCGGACCCCAUACCGUAUUGUUAUUGGUCUGUUGGGACCAGCUGAAGAUGUUAGAAGACUAUUUGAGAAGAUAACAGCGAUCAUUGAUAUAAUAUAAUAUAUACUGGUAAAGGGUCAGGUCAAAAGUACCCGAAACCACCGAGCUUGUAUGAAGAGAGUUAUGAAUGUGGAUGAAGCGAAGGAAGUAUGCAGAGAUCGUGGCAAAUAGAAAGAUGUAGUCUCUGCCUACCCCUCCGGGAAAGAGGCGUGAUUUUAUGUAUGUAUGUAUUGAUAUAAUCUAAGCGAGCAAAACAAUAAAAAAGAACGAAUCAUAUUAAUCUUAGAAAUUGGAAUAAUAAACAUAACAUAUUAUCACGUCUAUAUCCCUUGCGGGGUAGACAGAGCCGACAGUCAUCAAAAGACUGAAGGUCAAGUUAAGCGGCUUGGCUUAAUGAUAGAAUUGAAAUUCAAUUAGUGACAGGUUGCUAGUUGCUAAAAGAGGAAUCCCAAUUAUAUUAGCCUGUCCCUUAGUCGCCUUUUACGAAAUCUAUUGGUGCCGGGAAAUCGGAAUAAUGUAAGACUUUAUUGAGAUUUCUAUACUACCAAUACAUGUGUAGAUAGUUUCGGUGGAAUAUGCAUUUAUAAUAGCAACCUGUCACUAUUUGAAUCUCAAGCCUAACAGCUGAACGUGGCCUGUCAGUCUUUCAAGACGGCUGGCUUCGUCUACCACGCAAGGGAUGUAGACGUGAUUAUACGAAUGAAAGAAUGAACUAUAACCAAUUAUCAAAUGGCAAAAUCUAUUUUACUGAGAAUCCAUCAAUACAAAUAUAUUUUUUGUAGAAUUGAUGAUGCUGUUAAAUAUUCUAUUGCGUGAAGACCUACAAAAAGAUGAAUGAUAAUAUGCUGUGAAUUUAUGUUAUAAAGCAAUAAAAGUUUUAAUUCCUUCUAUUAUUAAUUAUUACGUGUAAGUUUAAUAAAGCUGGUUAUUUUUUA